CUCCGCUCGAUGCAACGCCUCGCCCGCCACCUCGCCGCGUCGCUGCGCGCGCGCACGCCCGGGCUGCCCCCCUUCCUGUGCGGCUUCCACGCCGCGCCGUCGCUCCGCCAGCUCCACCUGCACCUCCUCUCGUCCGACCUCGACUCGGACGCCCUCAAGAACAAGAAGCACUUUAACUCGUUCGCCACCUCCUUCCUCCUCCACCCCGCGUCGGUCGCCGCGCAGAUCGAGAGCUCGGGGAAGGUGCUGUCGCGCGGGCAUGCGGCCGAGGAGGCGGCGCUAAAGCAAGAUAUGCGCUGCCCAGUCACCGGCGCACCGCUCAAAAACAUGCCGGCCGUCAAAGCGCACGUGGCGCGCCGCGAGUACGCCGAGGGGGUGAGGGCGCUCGCUGGCGACGCCGACAUCAUCGAGCGAUGGCCGGGCCACAAUCGAGCCAACGAUGUGAGAGCGCGUUAAAAGCGACACAGGUCGCAGUCUUCGCAGAGCGCGCAGCCAGGGUCGCGGGGCGCGAAGUUGGAGGCCAAGGGAUUUUACCACAGUGGGUCACACGCGUACGUCUCUCUCACGCGAAAAGUAUUUUGU